UGAUGAAUUUAACAAUAUGGAAAGAAAAUAAAUUAUGUCCUAAUUCGUUGCUAUGACACUGCUCUCAUCAGCAGCAAAAUGUUAAAGCAGAAUCGCAAUUGCUGCAUUUUCUAUUGACCCACCAUUGCCACUAGGGGACAACCAAUGAAUUUAUGUUUUGUAUGAAGACAACUUGCAUGGUGGCUGCUGUGAGGUGAAAAAUGUGUUACUGCAGAUUUAGUUUAGUAAAUUUAAUAGACUGGAUUUUGCGAUGUCAAAAUGCAGUUUGUGUGCAGACUACUAGCAUUUGCCAUUUUAUUUUUAUGGGGAGGGGAAGCGGAAUGUUGAGAGAAUUGGACCAGUUUUACAGCAUUCCUCAUUGCUUCUGUGGACACAGUUUAUCUGAAAAGAAGGCAUUAAAGGAAACAUUAUCUUCUACUGGCAGGUGGGCUGUGCGUCAGCUGAUGACGUUGGACAACAAAAAUGGCAGGAGGAAGCAGCAACUACUGGGAAGAUUUGCGAAAGCAGGCCAGGCAGCUGGAGAAUGAGUUGGACCUGAAGCUGGUGUCCUUAAGUAAACUGUGUACAAGCUACAGCAGCUCCAGAGAUGGACAUCGAGGAGACAGCAACUCAGAUACUGCUCCCCUCCUCAACAACUCGACGCAGGACAGAAUGUUUGAGACCAUGUCUGUGGAGAUUGAACAGCUGCUGGCCAAACUCACAGGUGUGAAUGACAAGAUGGCUGAGUACACCAGCACCCCGGGGGUGACGUGCCUUAACGCAGCCCUGAUGCACACGCUCCAGAGACACAGAGACAUCUUGCAAGACUACACUCAUGAAUUCCACAAAACCAAAGCCAACUUCCUUGCCAUCAGGGAGAGAGAAGAUUUGCUGGGGUCUGUCCGCAAAGACAUUGAGACAUACAAGAGUGGCUCAGGAGUGAACAACAGAAGAACAGAACUGUUUCUGAAGGAGCAUGAACACCUGAGAAACUCUGACCGCCUGAUGGAUGACACAAUAAGUAUUGCCAUGGCGACCAAGGAGAACAUGACAUCCCAGAGAGGGCUAUUGAAGUCCAUACAGAGCAGAGUCAACACUCUGGCCAAUCGUUUCCCAGCCAUCAACAACCUCGUCCAGCGAAUCAACCUGCGGAAGAGACGAGACUCCCUAAUCCUGGGAGGAGUCAUCGGCGUUUGCACCAUCCUCCUGCUGCUCUACGCCUUCCACUGAUGACGGACAGACCGGUCAAACAAUCGUUACUCUGCGUUUGUAACAUCGGAGUCAGAACUCUGGAGAAUGGGCUUUAGUGAUUGGAGGCUACUGGACAGACAGACACGCUCUUGGCCCAAUCGGUUAACAGGAUUGAUCAAAGGCAGCAUGGACUACCUGAUUUGUAUUUAGCAGUGGGAGGGAAGGAUGGAGAACGAUAUGUGAGAUGGAGCAGCACCUUUUUCUUUUUUAUCGAAAGUUUGUGCUGUUCAACUCUGGUUAAGGGAACAGAGACCAAAUGUACUGAUAUGACUAGAUUUGAAAGGAAAGGAUUAUAUGUAUAUAAUUCUUUCAAAUCUAUUAGUACCUUGAGAUAGGCAAAAGUCAUAUAUAUAUAUAUAUAUAUAUGACUUUUGCCUAUCUCAAGGUACUAAUAGAUUUGAAAGAAUUAUAUAUAAAAAAAUAUAUAAAAAGAACACUUGCUUUAAGGAGUGUAAUGGUCUGAAGACAGGCGGUGGAAACGAAAGACUGUCUGUUGAUUUCUGUGAUGGAAGGAUUUUUAGUUGAAUGGUCCUUUUUCGUGAUGGGAUAUUCAGGAGGUUCAUCAUCAUCAUGGCCUGUACAUUGUGCAUUAUUAAUAAAUUAUUAAUUUACAGUA